AUGACAGAGUGGACUUUACUCAAACGUCUUCUUGAUGCUGUCCACCAUCACUCCACCAUGAUCGGACGCCUGUGGCUCACUGUCAUGGUCAUCUUCAGGUUGCUCAUUGUUGCUGUUGCUACAGAGGACCUCUACACGGAUGAGCAGGAGAUGUUUGUGUGCAACACACUACAACCGGGAUGUUCAACAGUGUGCUAUGACACAUUUGCUCCCAUCUCACAGCCUCGGUUCUGGGUGUUCCACAUAAUCAGUGUCUCCACUCCCUCCCUUUGUUUCAUCAUUUACACGUGGCACAACCUGUCCAAGCAGUCCCAGAACAGCUCUCAGAAGCUGGGGAAAGGACAGAGGCAUGGACGCCCUGCUGGAGAGCAAGCAGAAGGAAAGGAGGACUUUGACUGCAGCUGUGACUCCGACAGUUGCUCAAUCCAAUCCCAUAAGCAUCUAGGUCACAGCCUAGCAGAUGUGUUGAAGGACCUCGUUCCCCCAAACCUACAGAAGAAAGACCUCGUCAACAUAGUGCCCUUAAAGCAGGCCCAAGCAGGCUCCUACAAAGAGGGCUCUGUUUUGGUUCAAGUGGCCUCUUGUGGAGUUCUGUCCAAAUGUUACAUUUUCCAUGUGUGUAUACGGACCAUCUUGGAAAUUGGCUUUGUCCUGGCCCAGUGGAAGCUGUAUGGCUUUCAGGUACCAGUCCAAUUUCUUUGCACUUCUUCCCCUUGCAGUCAGCCAGUGGACUGCUACGUGUCCAGGCCCACUGAGAAGACCAUCUUCCUCCUCUUCAUGUUCUGUGUCGGAGUUUUCUGCAUUGUGCUCAACUUCCUUGAACUAAAUCAUCUGGGCUGGAAGAAGAUUCGCCAAUCAUUAAAGCUAAGGGAGAACAAGUCCUGUAGCAGCUGUCCAGGUAUCCAGAGUGGAUACAAACCUUUUCCUCUAGACAGCCCAUCUCUAACACCUUCUUUUGGCUUCAGAGAAGUGGCCAGCAGCAGCUCUCUCCCUACUGUGGAGUGUGUGGAGGGUCAGCAGCCUGAAUGGAGAUGUGCUCUGAACUUUAAGGAUGUGGAAGUGGAAGUCAGACCAGGACAAGCAAAGAAAACUAACUCACAGAGAGCAGAAAGGAGCAAGAGGGAGAGUGGAAUGUGCAAGCAGAGGAAUGCUGAGGUCUGGAUAUAG